AUGCCUGCCUCUUGGGUCCCCGCACCUUUUUUCCCUUUGCUAGAUUUAAGUUGGAGUGAAUUACUGGUUUUUUUGUCUUCGUUUUCCUCUCUUCCAUUUCGUUUCUUCUUCGUUCCUUCAUACAGAGCCGCCCUCUUCCAAACCUCUCUCUCUCAGUCUCAGCCAUCACGUCACGCCGCUCUGCAGCCGCUCUUCUCCCAGUCUUCGCCGUCGUUCUGUCAGCCAUCCUCCUCCUAUCUCUUUCUCAGCCGUCGCGCCGCCGUCACUCUCACUCACGCAGCAGCAGCAGUUCGUGCAGACCAGCAUCAAUUUUCUCACGGCUUCCAGCAGCAGCAAUUUCCAGCAUCAAUUCUGUCUCUCUCAGAUAUUAUGAGUUCAUCCACACCUAGCACCACAACUCUAGCUACUUUUCAAUGUUAGGAGGAAUUUAAUGAAGUUGGAUUGAAUUUGGGUUGUAUUUGGGUUGUAAUUUAUUUUGGAACUUGUUUUGUUGAAGUUU